AUGGUGGGGGAAACGCUGUACGUGUAUUUGGCUGUUUCUGAUUAUGCAGUGAGCUCAGUGUUAGUUCGCGAGGAAGGCGGCAGGCAGAGCCCGGUCUACUAUGUAAGCAAGAUGCUGCAGGGGGCAGAGAAGAAGUACAUCCAGAUAGAAAAGCUAGCGCUAGCUUUGGUGAUUACGGCGAGAAACCUGCGACCUUACUUCCAAUCCCACCCCAUUGUUGUGCUGACAAAUCAUCCUCUGAAGCAGGUUAUGGCGAAGCCGGAUACAUCGGGCAGGAUGGUCAAAUGGGCCGUGGAGUUAGGGGAGUUUGACAUUGAGUUCCAGACGAGGAACGCGAUAAAGGCGCAGGUAUUCGCCGAUUUUCUGGUCGAGUUCGCGGGCGAUCAACCACAAAAGGAGGAGAGGUGGCUUUUACAUGUAGACGGGUCCUCGACCUCAAAAAACGGAGGAGCGGGCAUUUAUCUGCAAGGCCCAGCGGGUGUCGAGAUCGAAAUUGCGGUCCGGUUAGAUUUCCCAGCCACUAACAAUGAAGCCGAAUACGAGGCUCUGAUUCAAGGGUUGCAGACGGCAAUCGAUGGGGGCAUAAGGCAAAUAGAUGUGUACACGGACUCACAACUCGUUGCAAUGCAGGUACAAGGUACGUAUGAAACACGAGAGCGGUCCAUGACACAAUACCAAGCGAAGGUAAAGGAGAUGAUGAAGAGAUUUGAGCGGUGCACGAUCAGUCAGAUACCGAGAGACGAAAAUAUGCGUGCAGAUGCAUUGUCGCGGUUCGGGUCGCUGAUCGAGGGAGUUAAAGAAAGAAAGAUCACGGUGAUGGUGAAAACUCGACCGGCGAUUGAAGAGGCAGAGGUCCACCUGGUCGAGGCGGAAGAGUCUUGGAAAACACCAUUUAUCAGGUACUUGAAGAAUGGAGAACUGCCGAAGGACUCGAUUGCGGCAAAGAGAUUACAGUUCAAAGCUAAUCGUUUUACCAUGAUCGGGGACGACCUAUACAAAAGAACCCCGGAAGGCGUUCUACUGAAAUGCCUGGAUGCAGAAAGAGCGCAGUACGUUUUAAGAGAAAUACAUGAAGGCAGCUGCGGAAAUCAUUCAGGAGGGAGAUCGCUGGCGCAGAAGAUUUUGAGGCAGGGUUAUUUCUGGCCUACGGUCGUGGAGGAUGCGAAGGAUUUUGCCAAGAAAUGCGAAAGUUGCCAGAGGUAUGCUGGACUGCUGCACUCACCAGCGACCCCUCUUGAACCUCUGAAGGUCGCGUGUCCAUUCGAUAAAUGGGGGAUAGAUAUCGUGGGCCCUUUCCCCCAAGCGGUGGCACAGAAGAAGUUCCUGAUCGUAGCGGUCGAAUAUUUUUCCAAAUGGGUCGAGGCUGAGGCUCUCGCCAGGAUCUCUGAGAAAGAGGUUCGGAGUCCCCCGCAUUCUUGUAUCAGACAAUGGAACCCAGUUCCAAGGAAAGAAGAUCAUGGCGUGGUGCAAGGAGUUGAAAAUUCAGCAGAAUUUCACAGCGGUCGGGAACCCUCAAGCGAACGGUCAGGCAGAGGUCACCAACCGAACCCUGUUGCAACACUUAAAGACCAGGUUGGAAGGAGCGAAAGGGGGAUGGGUCGAAGAAUUGCCUGGGGUGCUCUGGGCAUAUCGAACGACCCCGCGAACGGCGACCGGGGAGACCCCAUUUUGUUUACGUGCCUGCUGAAAUUGGAGAAGAAACUGCUCGGGUCACUCAGUACACGGAAGAAGAGAACUCCCAAGAACGGGCCUUUGAUCUGA